GGGCACUCGGCGCCUGUCCCUCCCCUGCGGCCGCGUCCCCGCCGGUCCUGCAGACGUGGCGGGGCGGGACGGCCGGGCUCCGCGCGCACUCGGCGGCCGAGCGGCCUCUCGCCUGCCUGCUCUGCUGCCCUGAGAACACCCUAGGCUAGCACCCCUGGAUCCCAGCCUCCUCAUGGGUCUCCUACACCCCACCCCAGACCCAGACCCUCCACCCGAUUGGCUGGCCUUCUGAAAGGAAUCCGAUCUUAAAAUGUCUGAUGAUGCUGGUGACACCGUAGCCAAUGGAGACAGAGCAGAUGUAGCUGAGAUGCCCAAGAAUGACUCUCCAGCUAAAGAUGCAGAAGAGCAGUGUGGUCCAGCUACAGCAUCAAGUGAGCCAGCACCAGCUUGCCCCACAAGAGAGCUACAUGAAGACACAGCUGGUCUGUGUGCAGAAACUGCUGCUGUGGAGCUUCCAGAGCCAUCAAAAGACACUGCUGCUGUGGAGACCCCUCUCAAUGGGGAAGCGACCGAGGACACCCUGGCCGAGUGCAUUGAUUCUGUCAGCCUUGAGGGAGAUGCUGGGUCUGAAAUACCCCUGAAAGAACAGAAUGAUUUGGCUGUGGAUUCCUCGCCACAGGGAGGAGGAUGGACAGGCUGGGGCUCCUGGGGCAAGUCUCUGCUCUCGUCUGCAUCGGCCACAGUGGGUCAUGGGUUGACAGCAGUAAAGGAAAAGGCAGGGGCCACUCUACGGAUUCAUAGCAUCAAUUCUGGAUCUCCUGAAGGGGCUUCACCUGAUGCUGAAAAUGGAGUCUUUGAAGUGACAGAUGUGGCUACAGAUCAGGACCCUGCAAGAGGUGCCCCCAUCUCUCCUCCAUCAGGGUCAGGGUCCCGUGGUGUGCUGUCGGCCCUCACCAAUGUGGUUCAGAACACGGGCAAAAGCGUCUUAAGUGGUGGUCUUGAUGCUUUGGAAUUCAUCGGCAAGAAAACCAUGAAUGUCCUUGCAGAAAGUGACCCGGGAUUUAAGCGGACCAAGACACUGAUGGAAAGAACCGUUUCCUUGUCCCAGAUGCUAAGGGAGGCCAAGGAGAAGGAGAAGCAGAGACGGGCGCAGCAGCUCACGGCAGAGAGGACCGCACACUAUGGGAUGCUGUUUGAUGAAUAUCAAGGUUUGUCACACCUGGAAGCUCUGGAAAUUCUGUCCAAUGAGAGUGAGAGCAAGGUUCAGUCAUUUUUAGCAUCUCUGGAUGGCGAGAAGCUAGAACUCCUAAAAAAUGACCUCAUUUCUAUCAAAGACAUCUUUGCAGCCAAAGAAUUAGAGAUUGAGGAGAAUCCAGACGAACAAGGCUUAGAAGAAAAGGGAGAAGAAUUUGCUAGAAUGCUCACAGAACUUCUCUUUGAAUUACAUGUCGCUGCCACACCUGACAAACUCAAUAAGGCCAUGAAGAAAGCUCAUGACUGGGUGGAAGAGGAUCAAAGCAUGGUGGCGGUAGAUGUGGCCAAAGAGUCAGGGGCGGGAACUACGAAGGAAGAAAGGGAAGAGAAAACUGAAGCAACCAAAGAAGUGAAAACGGGAGAAAAAGGAACUAAGACCAUAGAGGAAGUAUACAUGUUAUCCAUUGAAAGUCUGGCUGAAGUGACUGCCCGCUGUAUUGAACAGCUUCAUAAAGUUGCAGAAUUAAUUCUUCAUGGACAAGAAGAGGAAAAACCCGCUCAGGACCAAGCAAAAGUUCUGAUAAAAUUGACUACAGCAAUGUGCAAAGAAGUAGCCUCCUUAUCAAAGAAGUUUACAAAUUCUUUAACCACUGUUGGGAGCAACAAGAAGGCUGAGGUCCUUAACCCCAUGAUCAAUAGUGUGUUUUUAGAGGGCUGCAAUAGUACGACCUAUGUCCAGGAUGCCCUCCAGCUGCUCCUCCCCGUGCUGCAGGUCUCCCAUAUCCAGACGAGCUGCUCCAAAGCACAGCUGUGACCUGACCAGGCUCCAUUUAGCUCAAUGACAGGUCACAUUGUGCUGCUGUAUACCAUUUAAGGGCAAUAUCCUUGACAUAAUUGUCCAGACCACCCAUUUGAGGACACUACAACCAAUUUUACACAGUUUUGCAAGUACAAAGAGAGCUAUCAUUUUUCUUAAUGUAUAUGGUUGUUUAUCAAUAAUUCUUUUCUUUAUGUUAAUUUAAACAUACUUGUUAUAUUGAAAUUUUCCUUUCAUUUGUAAUUCAUUCACAAAUGUCUGUUUUCCUAGUCAAGCAUGUCGUAUUGAGAAAUUCAUAGGGAGACCUUAGAUUUUUGUUUAUCAUUUAAGUUUCUACCUUUGACGGUCCCAUUCUUAUAAAAUAUUGCUUUAAAUCAACUCUUAGACUGAGCUUUGUUUUGUUGCAUAAAUGUCAUAAACAAAACACUACUUAUUUUACUAAUUAUGAAAAAAAGGGGACAUAAAUAUUUCUUUGUAAUCAUUCAUUUUGUGACAAGAUUUAUUGAGCACCAACUGUUUACAAUAAAGGAAUAUGAUCUCACUCCAGUAGAGACAUAUUUUGAAUGACCAAUUAUAAUAAUCCAUAAAGUACUUUAAGAUACUAAUACAUUUUUAUACAUCUUUAAACACUUGGAGAAUAAAGUAAGUUGGUGCUUAUUUCAAAUGUGCCUUACCCUUCAAUUUAUCACAUUUUUUCUAAUAUCCUUGAACCUUUUUAUCCUAAAUUUUACCCAUGGGAUAAAAAUACAUUUGAAAAGAGUUAUGAUAGAGUCUUUUUUUUCCUUGAGACAGGGCCUCACUGUGUAGCCCUGACUGGCCUGGAACUCUAUAUAGACCAGGCUGGCCUUGAACUCAAAGAGAUCUACCUGCCUCUGCCUCCCCAGAGUUGGUUUUAAAGGUGUGUGCCAUCACCCCUGCCUGAAAGAGUAUUUUUGUUUACAGUGCACGAUGGCAAAGUUACAAAGCUUGAAAGUAUUUCAGUAGAAAAUUAAAGAAUUUUUAGCACAAUAGAAUGCUACACUGACCACACUUACUGUAGUAGCAAAGGGCAGAAAAUAUUGAUGUAGGUUGACUAACCAGUAUAUUGAUCCAGGGAGAUUGCCCCAGGACCUCACAGCUAGGAGCAGCAUUGACACUGGGCUCCUCUGAGCCACACCUGUUCAUCACAGGUAAGGAUUCUGUGAUGUGCUUCUGUUAUAGAACUCCACUGACAUCCUUACCAGCAGUGCCCAGAAGUGUCUUGCCCAGUGCCUAUCUCUGAGGCAGAUGAUGCAUGUAGUCUUGCAAGGCAGAAAAUCUCUUACAUUUGCUUUUCUUCCCAUGAAAGAGUUGACUCCCCUGUUCCCUACAGGCUGAGUAGGGAUAGUCUAAUAUCAUCCUGUUUCUCAUUAGCCUUUUGUGUGUCCGUGUUCUGUGUUUCAUCUGGAUGUCUCCCGAAACAAACAAAUACAAAACAUAAGGACAAUGUAUUUACAACCCAGGAAAAUAAAAUUCUUUAAGAAAUCAAA